AAUAAGUGUUAUCAUUUAGUUUGUGGAUUUUACGUUAAGAAAUAAACUAAUUGAAAUCGUAUCAACACAAAAUUUCCCAUUUCUUCUGAUUAAAUGUGUUUUGGUUCUUAUACAUUUAAUUGCUGGAACUCUUAUCUGUAGAUACCCUAAUAUACAAACUUUUAUUGUAAGUUGGGAAUAUUUAAGUAUUUGUAUUUCUGAAAACUUCCCGGAUGAGCAUCCCUCCUGCUUUCAAUAAUAUGAAUGCUUUGCUAGAUCAAUUCAGCCAAACAUAAAUAUAUUUUUUUUCAAAUAAUUUUCUUCAGCUUCCUAUAUCAGUGCUUGAAAAUAAAACUAUUAGCCCCUACUUUUAAAAGACUUGAUUGACACUUUAAGUCAGUACGUACCAGGUAUCAUUGCAAUUGCACCAAGGCUAGUGGUACUAGUACGUAGGUACAUCGAUUUCGUACUUGGAAGUUAAUUUGUGUUUUUAUUUCAAUUAGAGUGCACUUUGGAGUGUGGCCAAGAAUUAUAACAUUUGAUUAUCCACUGCAAGAUGUCUAAAGAAGCUCCGCCACCGUACGAAGGAUAUGGCGCUCCCGCUCCAGGAUUUUAUCCACCUGGAGCCUACCCUCAACUACCGCCACAGCAUAUGGGACCGCCACCUCCCCACCAUAUGGGACCGCCACCUCAGCAUAUGGGACCACCACCAACACAAGAACAUACAGUUAUUGUAACUACCACUACACAACCAGUCAUGGUAGGACCAGACCCAAUGCGAACUUCCUGCCCGCAUUGUCACGCCAGCAUAACUUCUGCCAUCGAAACUGAACCCAACACCAAAACUCACUUGUUUGCCUUAUUACUGUGCGUCUUUGGUUGUUGGCCAUGUUGCUGCCUUCCAUACUGCAUGGAUUCCUGCCAGAGCAAAAAGCAUUUUUGUCCCAAUUGUAGAGCUUAUCUGGGUACAUUCUCUGACUAAGUUAUUUUUUUCAAGCUUCAGAAUUAUAUAAUAUAUUUAUAGUCAAAAUAUAAGCUUAUUUUUGAUGGUAUAUAAGCUUAUUAAAGCAUGAAAAUUUAUUUAAAUACUGUUUUUAUAUGAUUAGGUAAAAACAUAUUUCUUCAAUAUAAUCAAUAUGGGGUAUAUAAUAUAAAAUUGUACCCACAUUAUCAUUAUACAUUCCAAUGGAUUUUUCUAUUACCAUUUAGCAUAAUAAUGAAAUUAAAUAAAUUUAAUAUUUUCAUCA